AUGUUACCUUCCAUCUCCGCUUCAUCAUCAUCGCUCACCAUCACAAAUGAAACCGAAAAUCAGAGUGCUCAUGACAACUCAGCAUUGUCCUCUUCCGAUCCGUUCUUAGUUUCAAUUCGGAUCAUUACUUUUGGUCUUCUUUAUGGCAAAAUUUCAAAAAGCUCCUAUGACUUGAUUUAUAAUUUACAAGAUUUACCAAACCCAUUGACGGCACAAGCGAGAAAGAAGAUGACGGGUUUAAAUAAGCCUCUUAGAAAGGACUUCUUUUCGAAUGAAUUUGUGAAAUCCUUCUUUUACACCUCAUACAAAGAAAUUGUAAAAGAAAUUAGAAAGUUUCAUGCAGCAUGUCAGAAAUUGCAAACAAAUGCCGAACAAACUGCUGAAGAAAGAGCUCUUACACAAACAGAAGAACAUUCGAAAAUUGUUGAUACAAUUAAUGAGGAAAUUUUGGAGGAAAAGACAGAGAAAGAGGAUACAUUUUGCAAAACAGAAAUGCAAGAACAAAUUAUUAAAGAUGAUCACCAAGAUUCAAAGAAAAAUAAUGAAGAUACUGAAGGAGAGGAAAGUAAUGAGGAGGAAGAUGACACCGAAGAUGAAGAAGUUGAAAGUGAGAAAGAUGAAGAGGAUGAUGAAAAAACCUUCACUGUGGCUAUCUAUUGUCACAAAGGCAAACAUAGAUCUGUAUCUUUUGCAGAAGAGUUGAAAGAAAAGUUAUCCUCAGAUCCAGUUCUUCGGCUCUUAAUUUCUGAAAUUAACGUCACACAUAGAGAUGUUCACAAAAACACUUCUUCAAACAAGUCCAAUGAUAAGAAUACGAGACGAAACCAAAAAUCAAGUUUUUCCUACUUUAAUGAUUAA